AUAAAACCUUAUACAAACACGAACACGAACACGAUCUCAAUCUGUUUAAGCUUUCCGAGUUUUGACCUACAACACUCGAAUCCUCUCUUGUGUUGUAGCCGCCUCGUGACCAUCAAUGGCGGAAACUGCUGCCGACAAAUCUCAAUCUCUCGCCGAGGAAUAUCAUGUGAGUGACAAGCAGGAGAAAACAGCUGUAGUUGAAAAACCCGUUGAAGUCAAAGAAGUUGAAAACCCACAGGAGGCUGGUUCUGUGGAAGCUGUUGUUGAGAAAAUUGUGGAAGAAACAACUCCUGUUGCCCCUGCAGUUGCACAGGAGAGCAGUGAAGUAAGCCCUCCUCCUGCUGAAGAAAGCAUUGAAGAGCAAAGUAGUGGAAAUGUUGAGGAUAACUCUGGCAAUGAAGAUGCAGCGGAAGAGACCCCUGAAAUCAAGCUUGAAACUGCUCCAGCAGAUUUCCGUUUUCCAACUACAAAUCAAACCAGGCAUUGCUUUACCCGAUACAUUGAAUAUCAUCGAUGUGUAGCUGCAAAGGGUGAAGGUGCAUCAGAAUGUGACAAGUUUGCUAAGUAUUAUCGUUCUCUUUGCCCUGGUGAAUGGAUUGACAGAUGGAAUGAACAAAGGGAGAACGGAACAUUCCCAGGCCCGCUGUAGGUGGUGCAUAUUUGAAAUGGCUGCUCAAUUCGUUGUGCAGUAUUAUAUUUGAAAUCGUUAGACAUAAACUCCCAUACAUUUGGGGAAUUAAUAAGAAAUUUUGGAUCCAUGUUUGAACUAAGCUCGAGUUAUACUAUUUUCAGGAAGGGCUGGAGAAAUGUCCAGAGAUAAAUUUUACAUUUUUCAUUCGAUUAUCA